AGGAGCGCGGUCUGAUCUAGCAGCAGCAGCAGCAGCCCUUUUCUCCCUCACUCAGUUCUUCUCAUGUCUAAGUAGUUUUUACAGAGGAGAAAUCACCUGAUCCAAACUGGACUGAUUCAACUUCCCACCAACUGUCCUUUGCUGAAACUGGGAAAAGAAACGGACGACAGGAUGGAUUCUUUCCAGCUGCUUUUUCUGCUGCUGCUGUACGGAUGUCUUCCAAAAGUGCUAUCGGUGCAGAUGUGCGACGUGAUGAACGAGAUCGAGCUGGAGAAAGAGCGCUGUGAAAAUCGCACCUCUGGGAAUGUCACUUCAGGUUGCCAGGGGAUGUGGGACAUCGUCGCCUGUUGGCCUUCAGCCAGAGUUGGAGAAGUGGUGACGAUAACCUGUCCGACAUAUUUCAGCUACUUCAGUGACAAACAGAGAGGCAUUUUGAGAGCAGGGGGAGUGAUGAAUGUCCAAUCCACACCUCGGGGCUUUUUCUCUGCUGCGGCUGCAUAUGUGUGACCCAGCAGGUCGGUGCUCA